AUGAAAACGGUAUUAUUCUGGCUCUUCGUGUUGGUGGUUUGCACUUAUUGCCACGUUGACUUUAAAAGUAUUGGUCGUCAUGCUUGGCGUUGUAAAGCGGAGAAGCUUAAUAAUCGCGAAAGUGUUAACGAAAGAAACGAGCAGCCUACGCUGAUUGAUCGUAGUUCAGUGCAAGAAACGCAUAAUACAAACGAAGCUGUUUUGAGAAAUCAAGGUAGAAUUUCAAAUGUUGAUGGUGUCCAUUGCUGUUGUGGGAAGAAAUGUAAAAAUUUUAGAGGUCUUAAAACCCAUCAAAGAUCGUGUCCAUUUGUUAAAGGUAUGAAUGAUGAACUUUUGUUUGAGGAGAGUGAAGUUAACAAUCUAGACGAUGAUUUAUCUGUCGAACUUGACGGCCUUAUUUUGGAUGAUACUCCUGGUCUUAAGCUGGAUGUUAAAUUGCCUAAAAACGAAAGUCAAUGGAGGGAAGCGGACUUGUAUUUUAGAGCGGAAUUACCAAUAUGUGAUGUCAACGAAAAAUCAAUAAACGAAUGUUCGAUCAAAAUGUCAAAUUUAGUCUAUGAUUAUUUUGCUGAAAAUUUCGGGACAGUGAAUAAGAAAAAUGCUCUUGACGAAGAAUUUGACAAGAAGUAUGCUAAUUAUACUAAGCAAGAGUUGAAACGUGAAUUGAAAGCAUUGAAGCAUCAAUAUAUCACUGCUGUGAAUAACAUUAGGUACGUUUUAAAACUAUUACGUAACUUAGCUUCGAAAAAAGGAUCUUCCUCCGGUUUAAAUUCCCUCAAUGAUGACGAAGAAAUUAAAAAAAACUUUUGGCGUUAUACGAAAAUGAAACUUGAUUUUGGAAAGAAACUUUUGCCGACCUUUAACUUGUCAAGCUGUACAAAUUACUUUAUUACCAUGUGGAAACGUUUAUUGCCCACGCAUACUUUCACAAUACCUAACUGGAUACCCUCAUUAUCGACACCUACGCAUAAAUUUAAUUCAGAUCCUCCUACUUAUGCAAGAAUAACCUCAAUUAUUAGAAGAAUGAAAGCUAAUGGCUCAGCUUGCCCGUUGGACCAAUUUUCUAUAAUCCCGUUAAAAAAAUCUGCAUACCUUAGAUCGUAG